CCGCCUUCAAGAAGUAUUCCAACAGGUGGGCAAGAAAUAGGCAGACUGUCAAGAACUCUGCGAUACGCAACGUUGAACAAAACGAAUGGAAAAAUUUGUUGCAAUUUCUAAUUGACAAAAAAGUUUUUAAAUAUACGGUAACUGGAAUGAAUUCUGAUUUACAAAAUAGUGAAAUCGAAAACGUCGUCGUGGCAUUGAUAUUGUUCGAGUGAUGUCCAUCCAGCGUCAGUCCUUGCUCUGGGCCGAAGCUGGUUCUUCAGUGUGAAGGUCGACGUUGCACCACUUUGAAACAGAAAGGAGUUCGACACAAGUGGUUUCUCCGCACCCAAGUGAAAGUCGAAUUGCCAGCUCUGGGAUAAUUCAUGGAUUCAGGAGAGCAUACUAGUGUUGCCGGAGAUGCCAAAUCGGCCGUCGAAGAUAUGGAACACAUUCCCCCUUGGAGAGAGGCAGCCAGUGUGAUGAUCGUGGUACGUACCUCUUUGCAGGAACUAGUCGGCAAUAACCUCGCGAGCAUGAUGAAUCGUGCUCGUUCCUCAAAUUUGCAACUGGUCAGCAAAAACCACUGUGAUUACCGUCUGCUCAUGGUGAAGCGCAGCGGACUCAGCUCGUUCAUGGCUAAUGCAUAUGUAUACCCUGGGGGUUUAGUAGAGAUAGCGGAUUACUCGCCUAGGUGGUACGAAGUCUUUCAGGCACGUGGGGUUUCUAAAGAUUCAUUAAAAGAAUUCAGCACCCGCGUCAAGGGGCCUCGACCCAACAUCAUUACAGAAUCAGUAACGCUGCAGUGCGCGGGGGUGCCACAAGAUCAAAAUCCUGAUCGGACAGAUGCUCCUCUGCCCCCCGAUGUAGCCCUGCGCAUUGCAGCCAUCCGUGAGACAUUCGAGGAAACGGGUGUACUUCUAAUGACGAAAGGAGAAGGUUCCCCCUCCUCCUUGUCUUGGUACCAAAACGUAGACGUAGUGUCAUGGCAAGAGAAAAUUCGGCGGGACCCGAUAUCUUUCGCCGACUUUUGUCUGGAGGCCGGUGUCUGUCCAGACAUCUGGUCCCUGUACGAAUGGUGGGACUGGCUAACUCCCACAUCUGUCGGUCACAGGAGGUACGACACCAUGUUCUAUGUUUGCUGCCUUGAAAAGCAACCAGAAGUGGUGCUUGACCACAGUGAAGUCGUAACACUCAAAUGGUGUACCCCGGAAGAAAUGUUGGAGGAACAUUCGACGAACGCCUUGUUCCUGGCCCCUCCCCAAGUAUAUGAACUGUCCCGGCUCAUCCAUUUCAGCUCUUUCCAGACCCUAAGAACAUUCGCAAGGGACCGAGCUAAUAAGGGCGUCGAGCGGUGGUUGCCAGUCAUCAUUACCUGCCAGGAUGGAGUCAUUUCACUACUGCCAGGUGAUGAGAUGUAUCCUCGAAAGCCCGACUAUCUAGGCAAAAGUCCAGGACCUGAUUAUCCAGUAAGCGUGGACGAGAUGCGAAAGCGACAUACUGGCAUUCACCGAAUUGAAGUAAGAGGUCCCAUCUGCACCGUUUUCUGUACCAUUUCGCCUUCUUGUGGCCAUCUGCAACCGCUUACGUAUCAGCCGGAUAGGCCAGUCGUACAGUCCUAUCUAUGACCAGAAACUGCCACUCUCCCUCCUUUGCCAAAUGAUGGCACGAUGACCUCCGGACUGACAAAAGCCAAUUUCAGGAUAUAAAUAAUGAAUCGACUACAACAACGUGUUGUUUGGAAUCAGGAACACUUAUUUACCUCCUUUAUUUGUAUUUAUACAUAGCAAAAUGAUUAUUUGGCGAGAUGGUCUUCUGACAUAUAUCAGAAUUUAUUAUUUUAUUAAAUCACGGGACAAAAUAGAAAAGAAACUGAUGUAAAAAAAUGAACUAAAAAAAAUAAUCAUAUUAUUUGCGAUACUAUAUGUUAUUUAUAAUCUAGGGUUAAUAAGAAUUAUGAGGUGAAAGAACUGAAGCGCAAUUGCAACCGACCAUUUUCUUUGGUUUUCUUUCUGUCAAAUUAAUGCGAUUCGUCAAGGAAAGAAAAAAAAUUAAUUUGAUUUAUGCACAGUAAAUCAUGCUUGGUAAAAAAAUAAAAUUCUUUACUAAGCACAGUAUAAUUAAAUAUCUUAGAUAACCAUUUCUUGAAUCAGAAAAAAAAAUUUAUUAAUAUUGUUAUAUGUCAAAAAUUCAUUUGGGAUUUGUAAAAAAAAAAAAUCUAUAAAACUGGAUUUAAAAAAAAUUCAUAUUAGAACUGUUAUAUAAAAGCAGUAAAGAACUAUAACAACUAUUUCAUCAACAACCCUAAAAUAUAAUUCUUCAACAAAAAGCAGAUAUUGGCGAUUAUAUUAAUAACUCAGAGAAUAUAUAUAUACUUUUCAGAGAGUGGCAGAUUACCAACUAAAAAGUUAAGUAAUUAAGAGCCAUUAGAAUAGGUGUUGUUUAAAACACUUUAUUUUAUUAAUUAAAAUUUGUGAAAAAGAAACAAUUCCGCCAUUGUUCUUAAAGCAGUAGCAAUAUUUGAUUACUAUUAUCUACAUAAAUUUGAUAUAAAUACAUUCACCUGAGAUACAUAUAUCACUAUUUCAAUGACCAAUUUGAAGAACAUCCCUUGUAUCGACUGAAGAUAUAUACAUUCCGAUAGAAUGCUGCAUAGAGUGCCAUCAGUUAACCUAGACAUCUAAUAAAUUAUGGUUGUAAAGAAAGAAGCAAGAAGUAAAAUUACUGGAGGAAAAGUAUUAGAAAAAGAAAAUGGUUACACAGUGACUUAAUCGUCUGUUUUUAAAGCUUGCAACCUUCUUUGGUUAUUGAGGUUCUAUUUAAUUUAUUGGUUCUCUUAUAUAUGUUUGCAUGAACAUUAUAAUGGGAUUCAAUCUGUUAAAAAAAAUUCUUUAUGGAAAUUAACAAGAAAGAAAAAGGGUACAAACAUAUAUGUUUUGCAUAAACUAUUGAAAAAAAGAAUUUAUUUCCUUAAACUAUGCAGCCAUGUUGAUCCUCUUAACUCUGACAAUUAUAGGCAAUAGAAUUAUCAUGCCUCUACAAAAGUACUUAUAUUUUAAUGAAAUUGCAUGAUAGAAAAAAAAGAGAGAGAGAGAGAGAGAGAAAACCCCGAUACAAUGAUAAUAUUCGAAAUCACAAAAAAUUUUUAUAGAUCCGUCAAAUGACCAACUCGUCAUUAUGUAUGUAAAGUAUCUACUGUUUGUAUGUUUUUAAAUUUUCUUUUAUGUAAUUCAACACGUGUAAAUAGUUUUGGAAUAAAAAUAUUUUAUAAUUAAAAGAAA